AGGAUAGUCACUUGCCAGAACACUCGGAAUGCUUCAACUGGUGGUCAUGUGCAGGUGCUAGAGUUACACCAAGAACUUAAAGAUGUAGUCGAAUCUCCACCUCAAAUCGUCAUUCUCGUUGUGGUAUUAUACAUGUAAGCACGCGGACGAAGAAGCGAGCGGGAGUCCACGCGAAAUGGGUUUAGGCGCUUAUCUCCGCAUCACCUAAUCCCAACUUGGCUAGACGUGGAGAUUAUUCGUCCUACCUCUUAAGUUCCGAUGCGCUACGCCUUAGGCAUCCACCAUCCAUAUUCCAGAAGGACGGAAUCUAUUGUUAGACGAUUCAUCCGAGUCUAUUACCUUGAAUUCAAUAUGCAGCAGACAUUCUGCUUCGUCAACGGUACCCACGUCGACAAACUCACCAAAAAGCGGAUGCGCCGCCAUGUCAUGAUGGGCAAGAAUGCCGGAAGAACGAUAAAACGAAAGUCGAGAAUAGAUGUACCCCCUCAUCAAGUUGCAAACAUGACAGCUGUCUCUUCUGUGGCAUUGCGUCAGGAGCCGGUGUUUGAUCGGUUCGCCUAUUUGGAUAAUUAUAAACCGGACAACAUUUACAACAACGUGCUAAGUGGACUUUCGUUUCCUGUGAAGAUUACGCCACAAUUUGCAGAAAUUGUUUCAAACUUCUUCCUUUUCAUUGCGCAUAAACUAUACCCGGUUGCCCUCGGCAUAUCAAUAGAGAAAUCGAAAUAUACUUUGCUUAGUAUCCUGAUGUCUGAUAAAGCUGCAUUUUACUGCAACAUCGCGCUGAUGCAAGCCUGUAACGAACUUUUCCUUGGAGACGGCGAGAAAUCACCCGCAGCAAUAUAUCACCUCUCUAAUAGUUUGAAGUAUGUCAGGGAGCGACUAGAGAGUGAAGAGGCGCUCUCAGACUCGACCAUGGGCAUGGUAAUGUCACUAAUCACGCAGGAGCAGUGCAGGCAACAGCACAAGGCGGCUAGAAUUCAUAUGGAUGGCUUAGCGCAGAUGAUCAAACUUAGAGGUGGGUUGGAAUCACUGGAAGGCUGCUUGCCCAUUCUACUGAAGGCUUGCAAAACAGACCUGAUGUACGCGCUGCAGUGUGAAGACACGCCACGGUUCCAUCGCUCCCACAUGCCACAGAUCAUAUCCACUCUGCACUCCUUGGAUCUUCCUUUCAAUCGAGAAGCGGCGCGCAAGCAAGUCCAGCAUCCUAACCUGGAUUCCGCUCUUCUAGACGUCCUCAUAGACGUUAUUUGCGCGACAACGCUCUUCAAUGACCUCCACUCUACACGAAAAGUUGAUCUUUACUUUUUUCAGGAAAUACUCGUCGAUUACUGUUACCGUCUACUCGCCAUACCGCACUUGCACUCUCCUCAGACACUAGAAGACGCAUAUCAUGUGGGCCUCAAGAUCUUCAUGAUGAGUCUUUUCCUGCAGGUUGGUUCGCAGCGCAUCAUGAACUACGACAAUGUGACGGAAAGACUGAAAAUGGUUCUUGAGAGCGAUAUUUUGGACGGCGAGAAUGAAUUGAGAUUUUGGUUGCUGAUGAUGGGUGGUGUGUGGGUAGCGGAUAACGAGGAUGUAGAGUGGCUGGUGCUGGUUAAGCAUGCACAGACGAGGAAGAUGGGACUAGGGAGCUGGAGCGAGGCGAAGCAGAUUGUGGAGAUGUGGCCAUGGAUCGGGAGGUUGCAUGAUGCGCCCGGGAAACUGUUCUGGGACAGAACGCGGCGUUGAUAGACAGAAGAUGGGAAUUGUGGUCGAAUACACGAGGGAGAACUUGUCCUGCGGUAUGACAUAUCGCGUGAACCUUUCAACAAAAUCGUUGAAAUUCGCUUUGUUGUCAAUCCGUGCGACACCUAUUAGUAUACUAGACAUGGCCGUUUUUAUUGAAAACUUUAUACUUGGAGACUUGGGAGAUGGGAGUG